UCGGGGCUUCCAUCACACUCGCCACACUCAUCCUCACCCUGGAACCUUCAGCUGAUGCCAUCAUGUUGCCCGUCGCUGGGAGAACUUUCGAGAGCGAGAAGCAGCAGCUGCAGCAGCUCAACAGCCGGCUGGUCCAGUACCUGUCCCGAACCAAGCAGCUGGAGCAGGAGAACGCGCGUCUGAUGACCGAGGUCAGCCAGCUGAGGCGAGCGCGGACCCCGGCGUGGGAGCCCGGCUACAAAGUCGAGCUGCGGGAGCUGCGGAGGACCGUGGAGCAGAUGGCGUUGGAGAAGUCCCAGGCGGAGAUGGAGCGGGAGAAGCUGUGGAGGGAGCUGCAGAUGGUCCAGUCUCUGUGCAGCGAGCAGAGCGAAGUGUGCCGGGACAUGGGCGGCGAGCUGCGCGGCGCCGAGAAGCAACUCCGACACGCUCACCUGACCAACGGCGAACUUGAGAAGCGCCUCCAGCAGCUGCAGGCCGAGUACAUGCGCUUGGAGGAGGCGCACAGGCAGGAGAUGGAGCGCCUCCAUCGGCAGGUGGAGUCCAGAGUGGUCCCCAUCAUCACCCAGACCUACCGCGGGCCGCCGGCGGCCUCCGUGGAGGAGGUGCAGGACUACGCCCGGGGACUGUCCGAAGGCUGGAUCCAGACCUUCGACAUGUACAGGAACCAGGUGGAGGCGAUGGAGCAGGCCAUCAAGGCGGACCAGGUGAAGCUGCGCGACCUGCAGCGGGAGAAGAGCGUGUACGCCGCGGAGUUGGACCAGUUACGCACGGAUGCGCAGAAACAGGGUCAGAUACAAGGGAGGCUGGAGGAGCAGCUGGUGCACAUGGAGGAGAAGUUCCAUGCGGACUGCACUCAGUACCAGAUGAUCAUUGAGCAGCUGGAGCACCAGCGGAACAUGAUGGCGCAGGAAAUUGAUAGGAAGAUGAUGGAACAUCAGCAACUUCUUCAGGUCAAGAUGGAUCUGGGCAUGGAGGUGGCCGGCUACAGGUCUCUCUUGGAGGGUGAGAGAGCAGGUAUGCAGGAGGCUCAUAGGAGGGGGAAUCACCAGCAAAGAGAGCGAAUCAUUGAUAUCAAGUUGCCCUCCCAGCCUUACACCCCUCGAGCUGCCACAACAGUCAGACAACAUCGAGAUGUCACCUUCACUCCCCGACCCUCGUACCUGGGUAGAUCAUCUUUGCCUUCUGGAUCCCGGAGCCCCUCCAGGGUCAUUCCCAUCACUGUAACAGGGAGAUCUCAACACCAGAGUCCUGCGUCCAGAAGGGACAUGAUCUCCUUCAACAAAGCCAGAGCUGCCGCUUCAGUCCCUGUUCAAACCAUCACCAAAGAGAAAGUAACAGUCCAGAGCUCGAAACCCGUGAGUCAGAGUGCACGCAGCUUAACAUCGGAGGAGAAGAGAGUGGAAAUCAAACAGGUUUCUCAAGAGAGGAGCCAGCCAGUGAUGGUGUCAGAGCAGAUGGUGUCCCCAACGUUGAAGGCAAAGAGUCAAACAGAAGUGAAAACUGAAAAGCCAGUGGAGAAAGUUGAGGAGAGUGAACUUGAAAGUGAUGUCAGAGAUAAGGAGGGAGCAGAGGUUUUGCUUGGUCCGAACGAGAAAGCGGUGCUAGAUAACGUGUCUGUCAAGGAGAUCUUUGAGAAAAUGAUGAAACCAGCCGGGUUGGACGCAAAGGCGUGCUCCUCUGGAGAGUCAAAGGUGACCUAUCAUGUGGAGAAGAGUGAAAUGGAGGAUGGCACGACUAAAACGCAGAUCGUGCUGCAGUCUAAGGUGGAAGAGGAGGUGGAUAUUUCUGAGGACGCCGCUCUGGGCGAGCUACUGAACCAGGGCGUGAAGAAGAUGUCGCUGGAAGACAUCAAAGAUGCGGCGACAGCAAGUAUGAUCAAGAACCUGCUGAGUGGUCUUCAGGGAGAUGAGAACCUGGAGAAUAAGUCGGUCAAUGUGGAAAUCAUUGAGGAGCCUGUGGAGUCGUACAGCGACGAGGAAGAAGUGGAGGAGCAGGGGUCAAAGCUUUUCGAACCCUCCACUUAUUUCCAGAUCGAGGAGCUGGAUAACGUACCACACGCUGAAAAAAGUGACCAACGUCUGUCAUUCACGGAGGAUGCUGCGCUUGGGUCCACUCACGAGGCUCCCAAAGAGCCUGAAUAUUUGUCCCCCGAGCCUGAGGCCAGCGAGUAUUUUGUCUCGACCCCUGAUGAUAAUCUGUCUGAGCUGGAGGAAGGUGGUGGCAUCACCUCCUAUGGGCACUAUGGCCUGGUGGACGACCUCUCAGAUGAGAGGUACUAUCAAGAUGAACGUCUGCCACCAAGCAGAGUGAUAGUGGAGGAGAGCCAGGAGUACAAAUUUGUGCCAGAUGAUCGGCACUUCCCCAAGGAAAGCAUUCCGGAGUGUAUCAUAGAGGAGGAAGUCCGUGUCUCGCCCAUCGUCCAGGAGUCGGUGCUGGAGUUCCUGAGAGAGGACAGUCUGGAGCCUCAGGAGCAGCUGAAAGGAGCGUUGGAGAAGCUGCAAGAGUCGGUGUCAGGCCCUCUGAAGGAGGAGUUGGCAUUCCUGACCAAAGUCAGCAGUGAAAGCCCCCAGAAUGUAGCCAUCAAGAAGGUUCAGCAGACAAGCGGGAACGGAACCAUGACCAUCGUCGCAGAGCUGAAUGUCUCUCAGUCGCUGGAGGAAUCUGGGCUGCUGGAGGAGGAGGAGGAGGAUCUCUCCCGGGAGCAGAUCAUGGCGGCGCUGAAGUCAUCGAACCUGGACAAGGCAUUUCAGAGCGGAGCAGGGGGGUACAGCUUCACCAUCUCCAAAGAAGAGGACGAUGAGGACGAGGAGUUUGAGGGGUUCGGCGAGGAAGGGGAGUCGGCUUGUGUGACAACAGAGAGGAUCAUCAAAAUAGGGCCGUCGGAGGAGUCGUUCACCUUCCAGCUGGAAGGGAUGAGCUCAGAUGACGGACAGCAGGCCCACAUCCUGCCGACCAAGAUUUCCCAUGAGAAGAAAAUUGCAACGGUUUACCUGGAAAGUUCGACAGACAAUUGAAGUACAAAUGUUCUAAAACUUCCCUGUCCCUCCCAAACCAACCUGUUGCAGAAAAAAGACGUAGAUAGAAAGGUGUCCGCGUAGGUCCAGAUUCAGUCAGGUUGAGUUAAUUGGUUUAAGCCUAACCCAAAUGUGGAGAGGCGGACGUAGACAUCAGAUACUUAUCGUCUUUGAACAGAGCUUUUUAGAAGGGUUCUAGCACUUUUCAGUCAAAGACACAAGUGAGGUUGAUGUGACUACCAUCCUGAAGCUCCUCACUUUGCAACCGCGAUUGGUCCUCAAGUUUCCUGUACCACUCGAGGCCUUCCUUUGUCAUGGUAGCUUCUCUGGUCUUCCUCCUGGUAGCUUUGUUUCUCACUCACCAUUGAAGGGUAGAUGAGGUUUCGUGAAACAGUGUCCACCAGGUGGCACUAUCUGCUGUAAAAUGUUUAGAUCUGAACAACCAAUUCAACACAUCAUUUCUAAACAAUGAGUGCCAUCUAUGGCCUCUGAAAAUGAGGGCCCUGUUUCAUCAACCCUGCAACACUGUUUCGUGAUACCUCACAUCUACCCAUCACUACUCCUCAGAAAAACACGUUUUAAUUAGUCAACAUUAGACAUUUUUUUCUAUGUUUGAUGCUAGAACAGCUAUAUAUGUGUGUUUUUACAUGUAUUAUGAUGUAAUACAAAGGAAAUGAGCAAGACAUAAAUCCCUCAACUGUCUUUGGAGUCACUAUGCUCCUGACUCGUGAAAAGGGAAUAGCCUCAAUGUGAGAUUUAUUCAUUGAAUUCAGACAUAUUAAAAAGUUCAAAAUCAAAUGUAUCAUUGAUAAAACCUGUUGAUUGACAUUUACAAUGACUGCAUUAUAUUAUUACAUCUCUAAAGGGAUUUGAUAUAUAUGACAUAAACGGUUAUUAAAUGAUGUGUCCUUGCACAAAAAAAAAAAAUUGUAUUGUAGUUAAAUGUUUCUUUGUUUUCUCGGGUGCCUUAAGCGCUCGGAUAAAGCCAUAUUUUACUUCAUACAGUUCCUCAAAAAGCUAAUUUUACUGGGACUCCUGUGAUUUUAUUUUUGUACUUUCAAUUCAGUCCAGCUUAUAUCAUUUUAGAAAGUAGGUUGUGAUUGAGGAGAUCUAAUUGUUAGAGUCUAUGCUCUCACUCGCGGCUCGGAAGUGUCUCCUUAGCUUCGCGUGUGUGUUCAUGACGGCUCUAUUCUGGGCUCAUCAGCUUAGUGGCACUUGGCCUCACAUGUGUUCCGGUGUUGUUUACCAGCCGUGGCAGAAGUAAUCACAGCAUGGCUUUUGGGAUCUGAUCUUUAAAUAACACUAUGGUUCUCUACGUCUCGGGUGUCUCUGAUAUGACCCUCCAAAACUGAGCAAAACAUCGCUCAAUGACUUUUGACCGUGAAUAACAAAAGGUGAGGUUGAGUAACGUAGGUGCUUAUAAUGUUCUCACCGAUGACAUAAUUGUGUGCCAUACGUCAAUGUACUCCUGAGUUUUUGAUCACUUAUUUUGUUGCUCAAACACUCUGCCUUCUCUAAGAAGAAUGUUUCAUUGGCUCUUUUAUAAUAACUGACAUUUUAAUUGGAAUCAUCAUUAAAGACCCGGUGGCCAUGUUCUCACUUCUGCUUCAUUAUUUAUGUCUCCGUAUCUACACAAUCUUUCAGCAUAACCUUGCAUUCUACAAGUCAAGAUGAAGUGG